AUGGAAUUUCCUGAUGAACAGAAGGCAGAUGAUCAAUUUGAGAACCAGGUGCAGGAGUCUAUGGCAAACGUGAAGACGGAUAGAGAAGAGCAUGCUUCUGUAGGAAAGAAAAAUAUAGAAGAGGAGUUUGCUGGCACUCCUCUUGCUCCAGAUCAUUCUCUUUGGACCACUGAUGCUAGAGGCUCAGUCAGACUGAGAAUAGAGGAAGGCUGUCCAGAGGAACCUAUCACAGUUCACCAAAUGUUCAAAGCCUCGGUUGAAAAAUAUGGAAACAUGCACGCACUCGCCAGCAAGAAGAACAACAAAUGGGAAAAAAUAACUUUCUUAGAGUAUUAUCAAUUCUGUCAGAGAACAGCCAAGAGCUUCAUAAAGCUUGGUUUAGAGCGAUUCCGUGGAGUGGCAAUACUAGGAUCCAAUUCAGCAGAAUGGUUCUUCUCUGCAGUUGGUGCCAUUAUGGCAGGAGGGAUAAUGAUGGGAAUUUAUGUCACAAACUCACCAGAAGCGUGUUGGUAUGUAGCUAGUGACUCCAAAGCCAACAUUAUCAUGGUUGAAAACCAAAAGCAAUUGGAUAAAAUCCUGCAGAUACGUGACAGACUGCCGCAUUUGAAAGCCAUAGUGCAGUACAAUGGGCAGCUCCAGCAGAAGCUCUCCAAUCUUUACUCUUGGGAGGAAUUCAUGGAGCUGGGUCUGGAUGUUUCUGAGAAACAACUGGAUGACAUUAUCAGCAGCCAGAGAGUAAACCAAUGCUGCGUCCUGAUCUACACAUCUGGCACCACAGGCACGCCAAAAGGAGUCAUGCUCAGUCACGACAAUAUCACGUGGACUGCUAAUCAAGCCAGCAGGACAGGUGACAUACAGCCAGCCAACAUUAAACAGGAGUCACUAGUGAGCUACUUGCCUCUCAGCCACAUUGCAGCUCAGAUCUAUGAUCUCUGGACGAGCAUCCAGUGGGGUGAGCUGGUGUACUUUGCACAGCCAGAUGCCUUAAAGGGAAGCCUGAUAACAACACUGCGAGAAGUUUGUCCUACAACCCACAUGGGUGUCCCUCGGGUAUGGGAAAAAAUGAUGGAGAAGAUUAAACAGGGAAUUAGUGAAUGUGGCUAUGUGAAAAAGAAACUGGUGACAUGGGCAAUGUCAGUCAGCCUGGAGGCCAGUCAGAAGGACGAGAAACCAUUCCUGUUGUCCCUGACUGACAGUCUUGUGCUGCAGAAGCUUCGGGCUGAGCUCGGCCUGUCUUGUUGUCAGAAGUUCUUCUCUGGAGCUGCGCCAAUUGGUUGUGAAACUGUGCAGUUUUUCCUGGGACUGAACAUACGCUUGUAUGAGGCCUAUGGCAUGAGUGAGAGCACGGGACCUCACUUCAUGUCAGGUCCCGAAGUUUACAAAUUAACAAGUUGUGGUAAGGUGGUCCCUGGCUGUCGAUACAAAAUGGCCAGCGUAGACUCUGAGGGGACAGGGGAAAUUUGCUUUUGGGGACGCAACAUUUUCAUGGGUUUCCUCAAUAUGGAAGACAAAACAAGAGAAGCUUUGGAUGAAGAUGGAUGGCUGCAUUCUGGAGACCUGGGGAAAAUAGAUGAGGAGGGUUUCUUGUACAUCACAGGGAGAAUAAAAGAGCUGAUCAUCACAGCGGGAGGGGAGAAUGUUCCGCCUGUACCCAUAGAGGAAGCAGUGAAAAGGGAGCUACCUAUCAUCAGCAAUGCCAUGCUGAUAGGGGACAAGAGGAAGUUCUUGUCCAUGCUUUUAACCCUAAAGUGUUGUACCAAUAGAGACAGCAUGGAGCCAACAGACGAGCUGAGUCUGGAGGCUGUGGAGUUUUGCCAACAGCAAGGAAGCCAAGCAACCAAGGUGUCUGACAUCAUCAGAGGGAAAGACAAAGAUGUGUACCGUGCAAUUCAAGAGGGUAUUGACAGAGUCAACUCUGCAGCCACAUCUAAUGCCCAACGCAUACAAAAGUGGACUAUUCUUUGGAGAGACUUCUCGGUUUCUGGAGGAGAGCUGGGUCCUACAAUGAAGCUUCGUCGCCCUGUUGUGUUGGAGAUGUACCACAAGGUCAUAGAGAGCCUCUAUCAAGAUUAGUGUCAUGUUCAUAGAGACAUUACUGUGUAACUGUUAGUAUGAAAAUCACGUCAUUUGCAUAUCUCAUCAUUCUUGUGGACAUA